AUGUCCAAAGAUAUCUACUUCGAAGGCGAUGACGAAGUCCUCCCUUUUACUACUCCUUCCCCAAUUUCUACGUUUCAAAAACCUUCCGACAUCCUCGAUGUUCCCCCUGCCGCCCCGAACACAAUCUGGUACCUGUCCAUCAUAAAACCGCACACUGACUCCCACGACAUCAUCGGCCCCACAAAAGCCUUCCGUCACCUCCUCCCCCGCAUCGAAGACAUCGUCAGCAACUCACCCCGCGCGAUCGACAAGCUCGCCGAACUAAAAGAGAUUGAAGAUAUACUGGGUGAAAAGGAGACAAAUGAAGACUUCUUCAGAGAUGGGUUUGAAAUAUUCAUUGUAGAGGGACAGCGGGGUUCAUACACCAUCUUGAAGAUAAUUCGAGAGGUAAACAAGGAUAUUUUCGACAUCUUGCCGGCGCCGGUAUAUACGGUUAUUUCCUGUGGCCCACUUGAGCAUGCUGCCGUACCAGCGAAAUCCUCUUCGUCUUCUUCCAAAACAACUUCCUCUGCGUCGCUAUCAUCCAGUUUCUCGCCCGGCAGGCCAAAAGGAUAUGCGACGACGACUCAGCUUCACGGCUCGUACAUUGAGCGAGCUGCCGCUAGAGCAACCACGGAGCACAUCAUGACGGACCUCCUUCUCGAUGAGGAGAAAGUCAAGGAGAUAGGCAGGUGGGAGAAGGGAAGUAAAGGCGGUGGCGUUCUGAUGGGUAUGAAUGCGACGACCAUGUGGGAAGUCAAGGUUGUGUACGCGGAUGAUCCUAUCGGCAGGGCGCAGGAAGAAGCAGGCAGAGGUGACGAUGCCUUCAUCUUGUGA